GGCAGGAGCACACGAGCAGUUGAGCACUUCAUGAAGAUGCUCAAGUCGUGUCCUUUCAGGACAGGGGAGAUUGUGCAUAAGCUGGUGGCCCAAAGGGUGAAGGUGCUGCCAAACGACAAGAAGACUCGCUAUCUAUUACAGAACUACCGACAGCUGCACAACAUCUCAGAGGGGGGGGCUGCAGCAAACGACGAUGAUGCGGACACAGUUGUUCGUCGUGGUUACGAGGAGCCACAACCGCCGGUUGCUGCAGGGAGCGAGCCGGUCGAGAAGAUGGCGCAGCGGAGAAAGGAAAGUGCAGCGGGGGCGGCGCUGCGAGAAGAGUGUCAAUCCACCACAAGGGCGGCUCCGGUGCAGCAAAUGACCAUCACGAGAUGGGUGGACAAUGCAGCUCAAAAGAAGUUGGACAUUGCAUGGGCGGAGGCAAUGUUCGGGGCGGGAAUCGCGUUCAAUUUUUUGAACUUCGACACUACUCUCAAACUGCAUGAGGUGUAUUUGGAGGUGGUUAGCGCACGACCGAAGAUAGGUGGCUCUUCGAAAUCAAACGCCCACGUGCAGAUUCUCAACGAACUGCGAGAAUUCCACACGAAACCCACCGGGUACAACCCCCGACAGAAGGACAAGAAAAUGUGGGAUGGUGAUGCGGGAGGAGAUUCUAACGCCAUCUCGCCAUCGGAGUGGUGGGCAACUCAUGGCGGCGAUGUGCCGGAGCUGCAGGCCAUUGCCAUGAAAGUAAUGGGCGUGUGGAGCACGACGACUACGGCGGAGCGGAAUUGGUCUUCGAUGGACUUGGUCCACUCGAAGCGGCGGAAUCGGUUGACCCCCCCAACCUUGGAGAAGUUGGUGUAUAUUCACUGGAAUAUGCAGCUGCUACAGUCCGGGAAGAACUUGAAGGACCACAACUACAUCAACUUGUGGGCGCAGUUCUUCGAGUCUCUUCCGGAGCCUGAGGUGGACGAUGGUUCUAUUUUGAAGGACCCCGUGAAGGAGAAGGACAAGACGGAGGAGGAGCUGGUGCGGGAACGGGCCUUCAUCAAGACACCAAAGGGCCGGAUUCUGAAGAGCCUCGAAGACGAGGAGGAGUGCACCGACGACAACGACCUUGACGACGAGGUGUGGAAGGGGAAGACUCCAUGUCCGGAAGCGUCUAGCGAAGGGGAAGUUGAUGAGUCAUCGGACGAUGACUUUGAGUUGGGAAUCCCGCCGUCAAUCCCGUGCACCACAUAUGUUGGGAGGAGGGAAGCAUCACAGCGCCAUGAGGAGGAGGUCGACCGUGCAAAGGCAUGGGCUGAUGCGGAUCAAGAACGGUUGCAAAGGAGAACGAGGGAGGAGGAGGAGCGACGUGCAGCUAUACCAGCUCGCAGAGAAUUGGAGAAACUGAAGAAGAAGGUUGGAGAGCGAGAAUCGGAGCCGAUGGGGGAUAUGGGCCGGCUAGAGGAGGAGAAAGAAGAGGUGAUGGGCCAGCGAGAGGAGGAGGCAGAACACGAGAUUGGUCAGCCAGGGGAGGAAGAAGAAAAGAUGGAGGAGCAAGAGAAGGAAGAAGAAGAGGCUGGCAUGGAGCAGCGAGAGGAGGAGAUGGAACAGGAGCAAGGGGAGGGCACGAAACAGCAAGAAGAGGAGCUGGAGGAGAGUGAGAAGGAGCAGCAGCAGGAAAAGACGGAGAACAUCGAGGAGGAGCAGCAGCAUGCACCGAUGACCGUGUACAAGCGUCGGAAGCAAACUGUGGAGACUGCUGGCUCACUGGAGAAUUCCCCCGACUUCCCAACCAACAAAGCGGAAGCCCAACACGACAACCUGUGGGUCAGCAGGGUUGGGAGGAAGAGGAAGGCGCCCCGUGAGGACGAACGACCAAAGCCAAAACUUCCACGUGGCAGGCCUCGGAAGAACGCGAUCGCCGUUUGCGAAGAUAGCUGGACACGAGACAACAUCUCGUAUGCUGAGGACGGUGGGCAAGAUGACGAAGACGUGGUCGGCCACUACGCUAACAUUUGUGCAGGGUGUGUGGACUGGGAAGUAGAUAGUGAGAUGGGCCGUGAAGGGGAUGUGUGGGACAGGGAUGAACAUAAGGGGGGGGCUGGAGGAUGGUGUGAGAACCUGAUGGCGCUCUCUUUUCAUGUCGGCGCCGAGAGUGCCGACGCCGACAGUGUCACUCAUCUGCAACAGGGUGAUGGAGACCAGGCGGAUGAGUGGGAGGUGGAGCAGGGGUUCAUGGGAGAGGUGGUGGUUGUGGUGGAGGAGAGACAGGGAAUGAGCGAGAUUAGUGUAGAGGGUGGGAAGGUUGACAACAACAACAACAACAACAACAACAACAACAACAACAACAACAACGACGGCGAGCAACGAAUGAGCGAAAUUGGCGAGACGGGUGUGAAGGACGACGACAACAACAACAACGGUGUCAUUCAUCUGCAGCAGGGUGAUGGAGACCAGGCGAAUGAGUGGGAGGUGGAGCAGGGGUUCAUGGUAGAGGCGGUGGUUGUGGAGGAGAUGCAGGGAAUGGGCGAGAUCCGCAAGAAGGGUGGGAAGGUAGAUAACAAUAACAACUUCAACACUGCGUAGCAUCGCGCUCGGCCUCAGUGACCGAACCCAAACGCUC